AUGGAGAUGGGUUCUAUAGGGCGGAGCGUGCCAGCAGCAGCACGUCAAAGAAGAAGCGAGCUGCAGUCCCGGCGUGGGGACUGGAGCUGCAGUAACGGCUUGGGGACUGGAGCUGCAGUCCCAGCUUGGGGACUGGAGCUGCAGUCCCGGCUUGGGGACUGGAGCUGCAGUCCCGGCUUGGGGACUGGAGCUGCAGUCUCAGCUUGGGGACUGGAGCUGCACUUGGGGACUGGAGCUGCAGUAACGGCUUGGGGACUGGAGCUGCAGUCCCGGCUUGGGGACUGGAGCUGCAGUCCCGGCGUGGGGACUAGAGCUGCAGUCCCGGCGUGGGGACUGGAGCUGCAGUCCCGGCUUGGGGACUGGAGCUGCAGUCACGGCUUGGGGACUGGAGCUGCAGUCCCGGCUUGGGGACUGGAGCUGCAGUCCCGGCUUGGGGACUGGAGCUGCAGUCCCGGCUUGGGGACUGGAGCUGCAGUCCCGGCGUGGGGACUGGAGCUGCAGUCUCAGCUUGGGGACUGGAGCUGCAGUAACGGCUUGGGGACUGGAGCUGCAGUCCCGGCUUGGGGACUGGAGCUGCAUCCCGGCUUGGGGACUGGAGCUGCAGUCCCGGCGUGGGGACUAGAGCUGCAGUCCCGGCGUGGGGACUGGAGCUGCAGUCCCGGCUUGGGGACUGGAGCUGCAGUCACGGCUUGGGGACUGGAGCUGCAGUCCCGGCUUGGGGACUGGAGCUGCAGUCCCGGCUUGGGGACUGGAGCUGCAGUCCCGGCUUGGGGACUGGAGCUGCAGUCCCGGCUUGGGGACUGGAGCUGCAGUCUCAGCUUGGGGACUGGAGCUGCAGUAACGGCUUGGGGACUGGAGCUGCAGUCUCAGCUUGGGGACUGGAGCUGCAGUAACGGCUUGGGGACUGGAGCUGCAGUCCCGGCUUGGGGACUGGAGCUGCAGUCACGGCUUGGGGACUGGAGCUGCAGUCCCGGCUUGGGGACUGGAGCUGCAGUCCCGGCUUGGGGACUGGAGCUGCAGUCCCGGCUUGGGGACUGGAGCUGCAGUCUCAGCUUGGGGACUGGAGCUGCAGUAACGGCUUGGGGACUGGAGCUGCCGUCCCGGCGUGGGGACUGGAGCUGCAGUCCCGGCUUGGGGACUGGAGCUGCAGUCCCUGCUUGGGGACUGGAGCUGCAUCCCGGCUUGGGGACUGGAGCUGCAUCCCGGCUUGGGGACUGGAGCUGCAGUCUCAGCUUGGGGACUGGAGCUGCAGUAACGGCUUGGGGACUGGAGCUGCAGUCCCGGCUUGGGGACUGGAGCUGCAGUCACGGCUUGGGGACUGGAGCUGCCGUCCCGGCGUGGGGACUGGAGCUGCAGUCCCGGCUUGGGGACUGGAGCUGCAGUCCCUGCUUGGGGACUGGAGCUGCAGUAACGGCUUGGGGACUGGAGCUGCAGUCCCGGCUUGGGGACUGGAGCUGCAGUCCCGGCUUGGGGACUGGAGCUGCAGUCCUGGCGUGGGGACUGGAGCUGCAGUCUCAGCUUGGGGACUGGAGCUGCAGUAACGGCUUGGGGACUGGAGCUGCAGUCCCGGCUUGGGGACUGGAGCUGCAGUCACGGCUUGGGGACUGGAGCUGCCGUCCCGGCGUGGGGACUGGAGCUGCAGUCCCGGCUUGGGGACUGGAGCUGCAGUCCCGGCUUGGGGACUGGAGCUGCAGUCUCAGCUUGGGGACUGGAGCUGCAGUCCCAGCUUGGGGACUGGAGCUGCAGUCCCGGCUUGGGGACUGGAGCUGCAGUCUCAGCUUGGGGACUGGAGCUGCAGUAACGGCUUGGGGACUGGAGCUGCAGUCCCGGCUUGGGGACUGGAGCUGCAUCCUGGCGUGGGGACUGGAGCUGCAGUCCCAGCUUGGGGACUGGAGCUGCAUCCCGGCUUGGGGACUGGAGCUGCAGUCUCAGCUUGGGGACUGGAGCUGCAGUAACGGCUUGGGGACUGGAGCUGCAGUCACGGCUUGGGGACUGGAGCUGCCUCCCGGCGUGGGGACUAGAGCUGCAGUCCCGGAGUGGGGACUGGAGCUGCAGUCCCGGCUUGGGGACUGGAGCUGCAGUAACGGCUUGGGGACUGGAGCUGCAGUCCUGGCGUGGGGACUGGAGCUGCAGUCCCAGCUUGGGGACUGGAGCUGCAUCCCGGCUUGGGGACUGGAGCUGCAGUCUCAGCUUGGGGACUGGAGCUGCAGUAACGGCUUGGGGACUGGAGCUGCAGUCCCGGCUUGGGGACUGGAGCUGCAGUCACGGCUUGGGGACUGGAGCUGCCGUCCCGGCGUGGGGACUGGAGCUGCAGUCCCAGCGUGGGGACUGGAGCUGCAGUCCCGGCUUGGGGACUGGAGCUGCAGUCUCAGCUUGGGGACUGGAGCUGCAGUAACGGCUUGGGGACUGGAGCUGCAGUCCCGGCUUGGGGACUGGAGCUGCAGUCACGGCUUGGGGACUGGAGCUGCCGUCCCGGCGUGGGGACUGGAGCUGCAGUCCCGGCUUGGGGACUGGAGCUGCAGUCCCGGCUUGGGGACUGGAGCUGCAGUCCCUGCUUGGGGACUGGAGCUGCAGUAA